AUGCCGACCAACGAGCACCACAACCCAGCACUGCUGGCCGCCGAGGCCCAGAAACCGGCGCGGGUAGCCUCGCCCCCAGUCGCGGCCCAGCCUGCCGCCGGCCGGCCCACCCACCAUGUCCGCAGACCCAACUGGACGACCGCCGAGGACGAGCAGCUCUGCCGCUCCUGGCUCGAAAACGCCGUCGAUCCCGUGACCAAUACGAUCCAGAAAGGAUCCCAGUUCUGGAACAGGGUCGCCGACGACUUCGCCGCCCAGGGACCCGGACUGAUCGAGCGCAACAAGGACCAUGUCAGGAAUCGAUGGCAGCUCCUCCAAGCCAAGGUGAUCAAAUUCACGUCGUGUUACGAGCGGAUCCAAGGGCUGAUAGGAAGCGCGCAAUCGGACGAAGAGAUGGUCUCGGAAGCGAUGCGGCUGUACGAGCGGGAGGAGCAGCACAAGUUCACGUUCUACAGCUCAUGGCAACUGCUCCGGCGCUCGAGUCGCUGGCAGAAGUGGACGUUUGGCGCGGGCGGCGGGAGCCAGCCGGGGAACGUGCGCCGGACGAGUGUGGGCGAGGGGGGGACGGCGGGGUCGCCGGGCUCGAUGCCGGGCUCGCCGGACCCGCUCCUGCACCGUCUGCGCCACCGGACGGCAUCCACCGGGCGACGGAAGUCGGAGCCACACCAGGGCCAGCAGGAGCAGCCUCGCGGACAUCAUGACGAGGGGGACCGGCUGCUGGCCAUGGCCAUCAAGCGCAAGGCCGACGUCCACCAGGAGGCCCUCGAGGUCCAGCUGCUCGCCAUCGACCCCGCUUCCAUCCUCGACCCCCUCCGCAGGGAGGUCUACAGACUCAAGAUGGAACACAUCCGCGACCGCUACAGGGCCAAGCGGCCCCGCGCCGCCUCCUUCAAUCUCCUCUCCGAACAACACAGCCCCGACGACCUCAUCGACCAGCUCGACGACCCCGACCUCCCCCCCGACCCCAUCCCCGUCCCUAAUCACCACCAACUCCUCCCCCUCCAUCAUCCCCAUCAUCUGCACCCGUUCACCGACCCCAGCCUCACCCAGGACAUCCCCGCUGCCCCCCCUACCCCCUCCAUUUCAAACUCAAACUCCACUGCUACCACUACCACCAACACCACUACCACCACUACUACUGCAUCUUCAACCUCCGAAUCCUCGUAA